GCGAUACCCCACGACGUUCGCACGGUUGCACUCUGCUCCUGCCUCCUGCUCAGCGUCAUCCGGCGGCACAGCUUCGGCUAUACCCCGCGCCACCACCGCUGAUAACAGUAGCAGCGAAGGCUUGGAUUGCACUUUUGAAUGCAGUAACGCCUAAUGUUCAGUGCUGUUUUUCGUGCUUUGCCCAAUUGUGUGGCACAACGUGUUACGGCAGCAUACUUUAAAGCUAUUACCUUUCGGUCUAGAGGUCUCCAUAGUGUAUCAACAAAAGAACAGAUCCACAGCAAAAUGAGGGUCUGUGUUCUUCCCGCAUUACAAGACAACUACAUGUACUUGGUGAUUGAUGAAGAAACUCAAAAGGCAGCAAUUGUAGAUCCUGUCAACCCAACUGCUGCUUUGGAAGCAGUUCAAGAAGAAAAUGUGAGCCUGACAACUGUUUUGACCACACACCACCAUUGGGAUCAUGCAGGAGGUAAUGAAGAACUUGUUAAGCGCUACCCUGGCCUGGAAGUUUAUGGUGGUGAUGACAGGAUUCCCGCCCUUACAAAGAAAGUUACCCAUGGCAACAAGUUCUUUGUGGGGAAACUGGAGAUAGAAGCUUUGUUCACACCAUGCCACACCUCUGGUCAUGUGUGUUUUUUGAUUAGCUCUCCCGGCCAACCUUCUGCGGUUUUCACAGGUGACACUUUGUUCAUUGGAGGAUGUGGACGAUUUUUUGAGGGAAAUCCGGAACAAAUGUACACAGCAUUGGUAGAAAUUUUAGGAAGUUUGCCAGAUGAGACUAAAGUGUUUUGUGGCCAUGAAUAUACUGUUGCCAAUUAUAAAUUUGCCAAACAUGUUGAACCUCAUAAUCAGGAUUUGCUUGAGCAGGAUGCCAGAGCUAAAAUGAAAAGAGAAAGGCAAGAACCUACUGUGCCUUCAACCAUUGGUGUUGAAAAGAGAACGAACCCUUUCAUGCGGGUCUGUGAAAGUAGUGUACAAGAUCAUGCUGGACACCAGGACCCAAUUGCAACCAUGCAGUUCAUACGCCGUGAGAAGGACAAUUUCAAAGGCUAAACUAUAGUGUUCUGUUACCCAAGGACGGAUUGGGCUUUUAGUUUAUUUCAUUACACUCUGUCCAAUAUGAAAAACAGCUUUUUAUAAUUUACUUAUUGGAAAAUAUUGUCGUAAAAAUAGAACUUUCCACCAUGUGCAAUAAUUUUUUAUAAAUAUAUAUUAUGAAACUUA